AUGGAGUUCGUAAACCCUGAAGGCCUUCGUUUGGAUGGCCGCCGUGCUACAGAGAUGAGACAGUUUCGGGCGGAAAUAGGGGUGGUUUCUAGAGCUGAUGGUUCUGCUGUUUUUGAGAUGGGAAACACUAAAGUGAUUGCUGCUGUUUAUGGUCCAAGAGAGGUCCAAAAUAAAAGUCAACAAAUAAAUGACAAGGCAGUGGUGCGUUGUGAGUAUAGCAUGGCUAAUUUCAGCACGGGUGAUCGCAUGAGGAAACCAAAAGGCGACAGGAGGUCUACCGAGAUAUCAUUGGUUAUCCGGCAAACAAUGGAAGCUUGCAUCUUGACCAAUCUAAUGCCACGGUCUCAGAUAGACAUAUUUGUCCAAGUUCUACAGGCUGAUGGAGGAACAAGGUCAGCCUGUAUAAAUGCCGCAACUUUGGCUCUCGCUGAUGCUGGUAUUCCAAUGCGUGAUCUUGUUACUUCCUGUAGCGCCGGGUACCUUAAUAGCACUGCACUUCUUGAUCUAAACUAUGUGGAAGAUAGUGCUGGUGGUCCUGAUGUCACGGUUGGAUUUCUCCCGAAGUUGGACAAAGUGACUCUACUUCAGAUGGAUGCAAAAUUGCCACAGGAUACGUUUAAAAAUGUGAUGGAACUUGCUAUUGAAGGCUGCAAAGCUGUGGCGAACUACAUUCGGGACAUAUUAAUGGAGAACACCAAGCGAUUAGAGUGCCGGAGGGGUGUAUAG